GGCCCCUCGCCAUGGCGUCCAUCCUGGAUGAGUACGAGGACUCCUUGUCCCGCUCGGCGGUGUUGCCGCCUGGCUGCCCCACUGUGGGCAUCCCCCACUCGGGGUAUGUGAAUGCCCAGCUCGAGAAGGAAGUGCCCAUCUUCACGAAGCAGCGCAUUGACUUUACUCCUUCCGAGCGGAUUACCAGUCUAGUCGUCUCCUGCAAUCAACUCUGCAUGAGCCUGGGCAAGGACACCCUGCUCCGCAUCGACCUGGGCAAGGCGAAUGAACCCAACCACCUGGAGCUGGGACGCAAAGAUGACGCCAAAGUUCAUAAGAUGUUCCUGGAUCCUACUGGCUCUCAUCUGCUGAUCGCCCUGAGCAGCACGGAGGUCCUUUAUGUGAAUCGGAAUGGCCAGAAGGUGCGGCCCCUGGCCCGCUGGAAAGGGCAGCUGGUGGAGAGUGUGGGCUGGAACAAGGCCCUGGGCACCGAGAGCAGCACCGGCCCCAUCCUAGUGGGCACCUCGCAGGGCCAGAUCUUCGAGGCCGAGCUGUCCGCCAGCGAGGGGGGCCUCUUCGGCCCUGCCCCCGACCUCUAUUUCCGACCCCUCUACGUGCUCAGCGAAGAAGGGGGCCCGGCCCCCGUGUGCUCCCUGGAGGCCGAGCGUGGCCCUGACCACCGCCUCUUUGUCAUCGCCACCACUCGCCAGCGGCUCUUCCAGUUCAUCGGGCGCACGGCGGAGACCGCCGAGGCCCAGGGCUUCUCGGGCCUCUUCUUGGCCUACGCUGACCACCCACCGCCCUUCCGCGAGUUCCCCAGCAGCCUGGGCUACAGCGAGCUGGCCUUCUACACCCCGAAACUGCGCUCGGCGCCCCGGGCCUUCGCCUGGAUGAUGGGGGACGGGGUGCUGUACGGUGCCCUGGACUGCACACGCCCCGACUCCCUGCUGAGCGAGGAGCGGGUCUGGGAGUACCCCGAAGGCAUGGGGCCCCAGGCCAGCCCCCCGCUGGCCAUCGCCCUGACCCAGUUUCACUUUCUCCUGCUGCUGGCCGACCGCGUGGAGGCGGUGUGCACGCUGACCGGCCAGGUGGUGCUGCGCGACCACUUUCUGGACAAGUUCGGGCCGCUGCGGCACCUGGCCAAGGACCCCUCCACGGGCCACCUGUGGGCCCACACCGAGCGCGCCGUGUUCCGCUACCACGUGCAGCGGGAGGCCCGGGACGUGUGGCGCACCUACCUGGACAUGAACCGCUUCGACCUGGCCAAGGAGUACUGCCGCGAGCGGCCCGACUGCUUGGACACCGUCCUGGCCCGCGAGGCCGACUUCUGCUUCGGCCAGCGCCGCUACCUGGAGAGCGCCCGCUGCUACGCCCUCACCCAGGGCUACUUCGAGGAGAUCGCGCUCAAGUUCCUGGAGGCCCGGCAGGAGGAGGCCCUGGCCGAGUUCCUGCAGCACAAGCUGGCCGGCUUGAAGCCCACCGAGCGCACGCAGGCCACGCUGCUCACCACCUGGCUGACCGAGCUCUACCUGAGCCGCCUGGGGGCCCUGCAAGGGGACCCCGAGGCCCUGGGCCUCUACCGGGACACCCGGGAGCGCUUCCGAGCCUUCCUGGGCAGCCCCCGGCACAAGGAGUGGCUCUUCGCCAGCCGCGCCUCCAUCCACGAGCUGCUGGCCAGCCACGGAGACGCGGAGCACAUGGUGUACUUCGCCGUGAUCAUGCAGGACUACGAGCGGGUGGUGGCCUACCACUGCCAGCACGAGGCCUACGAGGAGGCCCUGGCCGUGCUGGCCCGCCACCGAGACCCGCAGCUCUUCUACAAGUUCUCCCCGAUCCUCAUCCGACACAUCCCCCGCCAGCUGGUGGACGCCUGGAUCGAGAUGGGCGGCCGGCUGGACGCCCGGCAGCUCAUCCCUGCCCUGGUGAACUACAGCCAGGGCGGCGAGGCCCAGCAGGUGAGCCAGGCCAUCCGCUACAUGGAGUUCUGCGUGAACGUGCUGGGCGAGACGGAGCAGGCCAUCCACAACUACCUGCUGUCACUGUAUGCCCGGGGCCAGCCGGCCUCCCUGCUCGCCUACCUGGAGCAGGCGGGGGCCAGCUCCCACCGGGUGCACUACGACCUCAAGUACGCCCUGCGGCUCUGUGCCGAGCACGGCCACCAUCGAGCCUGCGUGCAUGUCUACAAGGUCUUGGAGCUCUACGAGGAGGCCGUGGAUCUCGCCCUGCAGGUGGACGUGGACCUGGCCAAGCAGUGUGCAGACUUGCCUGAAGAGGACGAGGAGCUACGGAAGAAGCUGUGGCUGAAGAUUGCACGGCAUGUGGUGCAGGAAGAGGAGGAUGUGCAGACGGCCAUGGCUUGCCUGGCCAGCUGCCCCCUACUGAAGAUUGAGGACGUCCUGCCCUUCUUCCCUGACUUCGUCACCAUUGACCACUUCAAGGAGGCCAUUUGCAGCUCCCUGAAAGCCUACAACCACCACAUUCAGGAGCUGCAACAGGAGAUGGAGGAGGCCACGGCCAGCGCCCAGCGUAUCCGGCACGACCUGCAGGAGUUGCGGGGCCGCUAUGGCACCGUGGAGCCCCAGGACAAAUGUGCCACCUGCGACUUCCCCCUGCUUAACCGCCCUUUCUACCUCUUCCUCUGCGGCCACAUGUUCCAUGCUGACUGCCUGCUGCAGGCCGUGCGGCCUGGUAUGCCCGCCUAUAAGCAGGCCCGGCUGGAGGAGCUGCAGCGGAAGCUAGGGGCAGCUCCGCCUCCCACCAAGGGCUCUGCCCGGGCCAAGGAGGCCGAGGGCACGGCUGCCACGGCAGGGCCGACCCGGGAACAGCUCAAGGCUGACCUUGAUGAACUGGUGGCUGCUGAGUGCGUGUACUGUGGGGAGCUGAUGAUCCGUUCCAUCGACAAGCCCUUCAUCGACCCACAGCGGUACAAGGAGGAGCACCUCAGCUGGCUGUGAGAGGGAGGGGAGUGUGUCCCCACGGACAGGUGGGCAGAUAGUGGACACAGCCACUUGUUCCCUCCCGGGAAGCUAGUCGAGUCAGGGCCUGCUCAUCUGCAGAUGCAGUGGCCUGGCAUUUCAGAUGCCCGCAAGGAGGCAGCUCUGAUGCGUCCAGCCGCUAUGGCCUCUACUGCCCUUGCAGCCCUGCAUGGAGUAACUUGGCCCUGGCCAGCAGCCUCCUCCCCAGAGAGGGCCUGAGUCUGCCAGAGCAGGGAUUCGGACCCCGUCACCUAGCCACUCUCUUAUGCUUUGAUCUUGAAACAUACAUCCUGUUUUCUUCAAGA